AUGACUAAACGUUUACCACCUGAACUUAAGAAACAUAGAAGGUCUAUUCAAAAGGCCUGCGUCUUUUGCCAUGAAAAACAUAUUCAAUGUGACGUCAGUAGACCUUGCAAGAAUUGUGUUAAAAGAAAUAUCACAUCCUCAUGUAGAGAUAAUAUCAGAAAGAAAAGAAAAGCAAAUAGUCCUCAAGAAGUGAAAAGUUCCCCAACAGAUUAUGAUAUGCCUAAUAGUGACAUUAUUGAUGAUGUUAUGACCGUUAUUAAGAAAGAGGCUUGUUUUGAUACUGACCUCUCUGGUCAGGAGACAAUUUUCAGUCCAAAUCAAGACUUUGAUAGUAUUUGGGCUAAUGAAGAAUAUUUGAAAUUAAAGGAAUUCAUUGAUGAUCCACAAUGUCUACAAGAUUCAGAUAUAGCUCCAGUUCAAUUGAAAGAGGGGAAAUUUAAUAAUAUUGAUGAUGCAUUAUUAGGUAGAACAUUUACAGAUUAUGAUGUAAUGAAUACAAUUUCAAACUCAAACUCAAAUUCUCAUUCUAAUUCUAAUUCAAAUUCUCAUUCUAAUUCUAAUUCAAAUUCUAACUCAACUUCUGAUAGGAAUGCAAGCAUUCCUAGCAACGACACAGUUUUUUCUAAACCAUUCACAGCAUUAGAUAUGCUAAGUGAUUCAUCGUUGAACGAUUUUUCACCACUUGAGGAAAAAGAUUUUCUUAAGGAAGAAAAUCCAAAGGAACAAUUCGAUACAUUAUGUGAACCAACUAUUAUCACUGGAUUAGUGAAUAGUAAUAACAAUAAUAACAAUAAUAGCGAAUCCAAUAUAUCCCCACUUCAAUUUCGUAAAGGGUUCCCUUCCGUGAAGGACCUAUAUUCCAAUCAGGAUUUAAUUAAACCUCAUAAUUAUCAACUUGCUUACGCCCAAAUGAAAAAUAUCCUUCAAGAAAAAUUUUCCAUUGAAGCUGAUCAAAGAUUAUUACCAACUUUAAUCAAAUCCAUUCUAGACAAUUUCGCUCCAAGAUUCAUGAGUCUAAGUUCAGCUAUGAUUCCGGAAGAUUUAGUCUUUCAAGAGAUUAUGCUACAACGACUUUUAUUUCAAAUGGAAGAUACAGCAACUUUAGUCAAUUGUACACCAAUGGCUGUUUGGAGACGUACCGGUGAAUUAUGUUUUACUAGUAAUGAAUUCUUAUCAUUAACUGGUUUCACUAAACCUGAAAUAUUUUCAACCAAUAGGUUCAUCUUUGAAUUCUGGGAUAACGAAAGUAUCUUAGAUUAUUUUAAUAAAUUUGAAAAAGUGCUGGCAUUUGGAGAUUCAAAUAUUGAAUCUCCAGAGACACUUUUAAACAGAACUAAUUUUGGUCGUUGUACUUUAGUUUUAAAGAACAACGCCAAAUUGAACUGUGCUUCAUGUUGGACAGUUGUCAGGGACAACUUCAACAUUCCUUUGCUGAUCAUGGGCCAGUUUUUGCCAAUUUUUACCAAACAACAACAAGAACAAUAA